AGAACGUUCCGCGGCUGGUGUGACGGUUGUCUUGGCGGGCAGAAAGAAGAGCCGGAGAUGAACACUCGGGCUACACAGAGGAGGGGCGCGAAGGAGGCUGGCAGUGUCGGUGAUAAUGAAAAACCUGGUCUGUUGAACCGACCGCCGAUCAGGAAAUCCCAAAGAUCUAAAGGAACUGAAGGCAGUGAUGAUGGCAACAAGACAAAAAACAUUCAAGACAAGGUCUUGGCAGGUCUUGGUGACAGCACAAAAAUUAAGACUAGUUUCAGUGAACGUGUAGCCAGCAAAGAGAGUCCCAGUGACAGCAGAAGGAAGGCGAACAAUUUAAAAAAAUCUGUCGCAGUCGAUGAAGGAAUUAAAGAGGAGGAUUCUAAUGACAGUGACAAAGAGAGUGAUUAUGAAGAGCACAGCAGUGAAGACGAACUUGAAUUUGCUGGACAAACUUCUCCUAACAUCCAAAAGCUUUUAGCAAAAGGGGACGGAACCAAGAGGACAGAUGCCGGCAUCCGCCGGAUUACAUUGCCGGGGACACUGCAGGAGGGACAUUGUGGGAGCGCAGGACAAGGUUAUAUCGAGGAGGGAGGCAAUCAGAAUAGACUACCGCCCAGUCUAAGACCAAGAAAAGAUGUUAAAAGUCAUCCAGUGAAUAUCAAGACCAACAGAAACUACGAUUAUUUUGGAGAGAAAAAAGAGUCUAUAUUCAGACAACAAUCACAAAAAACAGCCAUACAAAGAGAGCUACUACAGGAUACCAAGAAAUUUGAAGCCUAUUCUGAUGUUGAAGAAGACCAACGUAAACCCCAAGCAGUCAGAGGUGCAGAUAACCAAUCCAAACCUCAACCAGUAAGAGGUAACUUCUGGAUCCCAUUUUUGGCUUUGCUUGUUAUUUCUCUGGGAGUUUGGAUGCUAGUCCUGAACAAGCCCUCCACAACAAAUUCAGAAAAGGAACUGCAAGUCAUGAAAGCUUUCCAGGAUGGGUUUCGAAAGCUCCCAAUUAUUUUUUCUGGUCAGUCACCAGACCUUUGGCACAGAAGCCAAAGAAUGCUAGAAUUGCAACUCCGUCAUAAGAAUGAAAACAAGGAACCUGCCAUCAUUUUAUUAACCGCUGCCCAGGAUGCAGAACAGAUGUUAUAUUGUGUAGGCAACCAUCUAGCAAAAACCUACGCCUCUACCCUUAACAGCAGCUACACAGUCCUCUCUGGACUGGAUAUGUCCUCUGAAGACAGUGACGGUGUUAAGAUGGAUAUUGAUCAAAGGCUAAGUGCAGGAUUCCAGGCUAACAACAAAGCGGCAGUACUGCAUCGUUUAGAAUUACUGCCUCCUGGGUCAUUGAUCAUUCUCUACAAAUAUUGUGACCACGAGAAUGCGGCUUUUAAGAAUGUUGCACUGGUGAUAACGGUGCUUUUGAAGAACUCUACUUUGCAACCAGACAUUGAGCUUAAUGCACUGGAGGAGAAAGUCUAUGACUUCUUAAAAGAAACCUUCCUUAAUCAAGCCAAGUCCAGGACAUCCCAUAAUGAGAUGGAUGGGGACAAGCUGGGCGGAGUGUGGAGUCGCAUCUCACAUAUUGUGUUGCCUGUGUUCCCUGGAAAACAGAUUGUGAAAGACUGUGGUGAAUCAAAUGUCACUCCAUGA